UGGAGAGCAGGCGAGCCCUGACGGGAGCGCGCACGGCCGCGCGCACGGCCGCGCGCCUCUGCAGGCUCUUUGACGCACUGACUCCUGCAAGUUCACAGCGCCAGAUCAUCGGGACGCUUACCCGCUUUUACCGCAACUAGAAGAGGUUUCAAAAGGUUCAACAUGGGAAACAGGUUCAGCAGAAGGAGGGAUGUCCCGAUCACCAGCCCUGAAACUGUGGCCACUCAACAGAAGAGCCCGGUGGAGCCGGCUGGGCCCGCCGAACCGGCCCACGACUCCGGCAUGAACCAAAGUCAGGAGCUCCUUCACACGGAGAAACUUGAGGCACUGGUGGAGGAGCCAGUGGCAUCACUGGAAUGUCCCCCCAAAGAUGAAAGUACAUUAGAGUCUACAGAAGUGGAGACUCCUGCAGUCCCGGUACAUGAACCAGAGCCAGAAGUAAAGGAAACCCCAGCUCCGGUUCAGCCUGAACCUUUGGUCGCAGCCAGCAAAGAACCGGAACCAGAACCUGCAGCACCACCCAAGCCUGUUGCUGAAGCUCAGAUUGCUCCAGAACCGGCCCCAGAGCCCGUUCCUGAAGCCGAGUCUGCCCCGUGUUCAGAUGAAGUGACCGAAGCAGCCCCCGAGCCCAUCCCUGAGCCAGAACCCUCUCUGGAGCAGCCUAUCCAAGAGUCUCUCCCAGAGCCGGGGCUUUCUAUACCCCUUUUGAUCGACUUGGGUGCCCCCGACGACACUUUCUCACCAGCUCCCGCUCAUGUCCUACUCAGUCCCGAUGAGCCGUCAAGCGUCUCAGGAAGUGAGCAGUGCAAAGGGAGUGUUGAGGCUGCAGAGGCAUUCACACUGGAACCAGAAAAGUCCAUUGAAACUUCAGAAUUUUUGGAAAAGCAGAUAGAGGUGGAGGCGGGAGAGUGUUUGGAGACACUUGGGAGUGACAUCAACGGCGAAAGCCUGAGAGAAAUCCUGAAAGGUUCCGAGCUAAAAGGAAAUGACCUUCACAGUGACUUCAUCCCAAGUGAUGUCAACAUCCCUGAUGACACGCCCAUCACAGAAAUGAGCCCAUCCAUCGAGAUGAUGUGAAUCCAGAGAAGAGUCACAAAAGUAGUGGAUGUUUCUUCUUCUUCUUCAUCUUUUGCAUUAAUUCUGAAUGGAUUGAAGAAACAGUAUUUUAAAAUCACCUUAUGUGCCCUAAAGAUGCCAAAAGAGCUGUGCAGACACUUGAACUGAACUCGUAAAACCGAUGCUUUUCUGCCUUUGAUGGAUGCAAGCUGCCCAUUUGUGUUUGAGUGGUUGUAAAGUCUAAAACGGCACAGUAGCAGUUAGUUUGUGAGUGUUUUGUCAGACAACAGAGAUCUUCCUCUAUGCAAACUCACUAAACAAUAGCAUGUCUAUAGCAACAGCAUAUCUCUCAAUACCCCUACUAGAUGUGUAAGAAAUAGGUCAUAUACCACUCCUAAAUAGCGACCUGGUAGAAAAACCUGUGUACAAAUGAUAAAGUAUGCAUUUUGUGAGAAGAAUGUGGAUGGAUGGGCAGCCCUUAAAGGUAAUGGAAGGCAACAGAUAAGGAUUAAAAAAAGGAUCCAACCAAAGAUGGAGCGGAUAUAUACAUGCCACUCUGUAACAGGAAAGAAGCACCAAAUAAACAUUUAUGCCUUGACAUAGUCAUGUUUGGACUUUGCAAAUUUACUCUACAGGGAGUUAUCAUUUUUAAUGGUGGAUUGCUUUAGAAAAUAAAACUACUAUAAUACUUUA